CUCGGCUGAAGCGGAUUGGGCGGUGAUCGAAACCCUGUGCGAGCUGCCCUAUUUAUAUAUAUCCAACACGCCUUAGCUCUAUUACUUUCGGAACUACCAGCGUUCUUAUUUUCCUGGAGACAACUUGACCCGAGCGCCUGUGCUACUCUUGAAGUGAGAGAUGGCUUUGGAUGCUUUGGAUCGGUUCACAAGUGGCAGUGAUGGUGGAUCUUCCCUGAUGCAUCUUCUGGGCAUUGUCACCCUGGCAAUCUCGGCAUUCUCUCUGUGUGAGCUGUGUGGCUGGUCGCCUCUGACGGCGGCCUCAGAGGAGCUUUUGGUGGUCGCCCUGCUGGGUGGCCUGGAGGUUUGGCGCCGCGCCAGCGCGCCGCCGAAGCACAAGCUGCACCGCAAGAGCUGCGAGAUCGUCGACGAGAAAGCGGAGAAACCAGAGACCCAUAGCUGCCAUAGUGCAUACAGCAAGUUGCAAGCUGCUGCGAGGGCAGCUGAUGGCAAAUUGGCUGAAACACUCUUUGCUGAGCUUCAACGUGGACCAGCAGGCUCAGUCAACGCAAUGUGCUAUGGCGCAGUGAUCAAUGCCUUUGCUCGCGGACGGAAUGCCAGCGGAGCAGAGCGCUGGUUGAAGGCGUUGAUUGAUGCACCAUCGCUUACACCCAAUGUCAUCAGUGUGAACAUCGUCAUUUCGGUCUUCGCAAAGCAGGGCAACGUUGGGCGAGCAGAGUAUUGGCUGGAACAAAUGCCGCGUUUGGGCUUGGACCCAGACGUGCUGAGCUUCAACGCUGUCAUUGAUGCCUGUGCCCGUGCUGGGGAAGUCGAUCGAGCAGAGGAGUGGCUGCAGAAGCUUUUGGCGGGUCCUGGGCCGAACCUCGUGAGCUUCAGUUCGAUGCUACAUGCUUGUGCCAGGAUAGGUGCAGCCCUUCGUGCUGAAGAAUGGCUUCGGCGAAUGGAAAAGCACGGCGUCAAGCCUAAUAUCAUUUGCUACAAUUCGGUGAUCUACGCGUGGUGUCAAGCUGGACACCUAGAUAAAGCUGAGGACUGGCUGAAGUACCUCCAAACGCGUGGGAUUCAACCCACUGUGACAAGUUACGGUGCCAUCAUCAACUUUGUUGCCAAGUCGGGGGAGACUCUGGCCGCAGAGGGCUGGAUCGAUCGCAUGCAAGCAGCUGGGGUGCGGGCCGACAUUGCCAGCUACAACAUGGUGCUGGGCGCGUACUGCCGCUCAGGCCGCCUGGUGGAAGCUGAGAAGUUGCUGGAGACCAUCUUUGCGCGAGGCCUUCGGGCCAACACCAGCAGCCUCAAUCUCAUGUUGGGCGGCUACCUUCGGCAGGCUGAUGGGAAGCAAGCGUCUGCAUGUGUGCGCAGCAUGCGGCAGCGUGGUGUGAUGGCGGAUUCAUUGAGCUGGAAGCUGUUGAUGAAAUGCGGCACGCUCUGCGCUGAGCCCGUCAGAAAGCAGAUCAUGGAGGAAAUCCACCUGGGACACAGCGGCACAGAGCAGGGUAGCGUGGCGUGCUUCAAUGCCAUGCUGUCCCAUUGUGCGACCACCAAGGAUGUCAAGGGGGCUGAGGCAUGCAUGGAGGGUUUUGAAGCUGCUGGCAUUGAGCCCAACUCUUCCAGCUACCUGACUAUCCUGGAGACUUGUGUCGGAGCAGGCAACACCAGCCGUGCUGAAUAUUGGCAUCAACGAAUGUUGGACCGAGGCAUGGAUUGCCAGCUACCGGUGGUGAAUCAACUCUUCCACGCCCUGGGCAAAUUGGGCGACGUCGAUCGCCUCAAGGAGCUUCUUGAGAGCCGCACUCGGCACCAGCGGGAAGUCACCGGCAGCAUGUACAACGCACUCAUCAGUGCCUAUGCCAAACGAGGUGAUGUGCAAGAGGCAGAGAGGUGCUUUGAAGAUAUGGUUUCUCAGGGCUGCCAGGGCGACGUGGCGAGUUUCUCAUCCUUGGUCCAUGCCUGUGCCAAGUCCAACCAGCUGCCGCGGGCUGAGGGUUGGAUCAAACGGAUGGAAGAGAUGGGUUUGGAAGCCAAUGUGGUGACCUACAACAGCGUGAUCAAUGCCUGCGCUCGCUGUGCCAAUGGCGACCGGGCUGAGUUUUGGUUUCAGAAGAUGAUCCGUGCAGGCGUUCAGCCUGCAUUGUUUACCUUCAACUCCCUGAUCAACGCCUUUGUGAAGGCGGGCCAGCGGGGCCGAGCGGAAGACCUUUUGCACAGCAUGCGAGAACUCGGAGUGGCGGCGGAUGCUGUUACAUACAGCACAUUGAUCCACGGAUGGGUCACAGCUGGUGAUGUUCAGCGUGGGGAACAUUGGCUGUUGAAGAUGCAGAAGUAUGACAUCACUCCCAAUGCCUUUUGCUUCAAUUCUGUCAUUCAAGCUUGGUGCACCGCGGGACACGUGGAUCGUGCUUUGGACCACCUGAGGGUGGCCAUCGCAACCAGUGGCAUCAACAAGUCGGGUCUCAGUGUGCAGCCUGUGCUGUUGGCUUUCAUCAAGGAAGAGCGCCUUGAUGAAGCGAUCUAUUGGUCUAGCCAGCAGUUGUCGGUGCCUCGCUACGGUCCUGGCAGCUUGGCGCAUCUUAGAGCUGUUCUGGAGGCCCAGGGCCGCACUUUUGACCCCGGCCGUGCAGGCCGCGAGGUGCGCUGAGUCUGGGAAGUGCUUCCCAGUGUAGACUUAUAGAAUUCUGACUGAGAAUUUUGAAGCCCCCAUUUUGGGCAGCAUAGCUACAGGCUGUCACUGAAUGGCACAGUGGCUUUAGAUGGCAUGGACGAGUCGUAAGGCCUCGGACACGAUAAAGGCUGGGGAAGGAUCU